AAGCUAAGAUCCUGCAGCAGCUAUCAAAAGUACAAAAUAAUGUGAAGAGACUUCAGCAACAAUUAAAAGAUGUGAAGCCAACACCUGAAUUUGUUCUCAAGCUCAAGGAAAUGAUGGAAGAAGUUGAAAAUGCAAUCAAUGCUUUUAAAGAAGAACAGAGGCAAAUAUAUGAGCAGUUUUUAAAGGAGGAAAGAACGGCCACUAAUGAGAUCAGUGUCUUUGAGAGAAAAGUGGAACUGUGGGCGUCAGGCAGCUCAACAACAGGAAAACCUUUCCAAUUACCAUCAGCCAGGGUUGCAGUUGAUCAAACACUGGAAAAUCAUCUGCCCGGAGAAGUAGUAGAGUUUGAACGAUUUCUUCAGCGAACAGGAGGGCGGCAAGGAGGCUGGGAUGAUUACGAUCAUCAAAAUUUUCUUAAAGUAUGGACAAAACAUAAAGGAAGGCUGUCUUAUGUGGAUGAGGCCCUUGAGUGUCUCUGUGGAAGAGCAAAAGAAGAUAUUGAACAACAUGACAAAUGGUAUCAAGAGUUUCUAAUUUUACACAACAGAAAGAAAGAGUCAAUCAAAAAGUGGAAAAAAAAGCAGCUGCAGGAAAAAGAAUGGAAAGUAAAGGAGAAAGAGAAAUCAGAAAAAAUGCUCAAGGAAGAAUGGCUACAAUGUGAAGAAGCUCAGAAGCAAAAAGCAGAUGAAGAAAGAAAAAGACAAGUAGCAACUGAGGCAUGGAAGAAACAGAAAUUCCUAGCAUUUGCAGUGGAACAAACAUCACAGCUAAAACUAGAAGUUGAGAAGGAGAAAAAGCAACAAGAAGAACACCAGCACUGAUGCCACAUUAAGUUACUGCUGGAAAAAUAUACUUUGCAGAAGAAAGAAGAGGAGGAACUUGAAGAGCUUAAAAGGAAGAGAGAAGCUGAGAAGGAGGAAAGGUAGAAAACUGCUGCAGAAAAAAUUGCUAAGUUUCAAGAGCCUGAUCUAGAUACUGAACUAAGGAUUCUACAAAACCAAGCUAAAGAU